UUCUCUCUCUCUCUCUCUACAUAAGCAGACCCUAAUUUGCAUCUCCACCCGACUUUCACUCUUUAAAACUUUACUCUCUCUCUCUCUGUUGCUGAAUCUCUGAGUAUUUGGGUUUUAAAUUUUGAAGGAAGAAAAAUGGCGGCACAACUGGUGGCUCCGCCGCAACUACCAGCGCAAAAGGCGUCGCUAUACGUGGGCGAUUUGGACCCAGAAGUGAUGGAGAUGGAGCUCAUUGAAGCUUUCCGUCAGAUAGGUCCGGUGGCCUCUGUUCGCAUCUGCAGAGACAUACUUUCCAAUCGAUCCCUUUGCUAUGGCUACAUCAACUUCUUAUCUCACUCUGAUGCUUCUAAGGCUAUUGCUUGUCUGAACCACACCCAAUUCAAGGGAAAGCCCAUGAGACUAAUGUGGUGUCAGCGAGACCCUCUUAAAAGAAAGACUGGUGUUGGCAAUCUCUUCGUCAAGAACCUUGACCCGUCUGUUACCAGUGCUUGCUUGGAGGGAGUUUUCUGCAAAUUUGGAACUAUACUUUCUUGCAAGGUGGCUGAGGAACAUGGGAAGAGCAAGGGUUUUGGGUUUGUUCAGUUUGAUUCAGAGGAUUCAUCCAUGGCCGCUCUCAAUGCUCUCCAUGAUACCAUGCUUGAAGGGAAGAAAUUAUAUGUGUCCAAAUUUGUCAUGAAAAGUCAGAGGAAGGAUGCCCAAGAAGAACCAAAAUUCACAAAUCUGUAUGUGAAAAAUCUCUCUGAAAAUGUGACAGAGGAUGUCCUUCAAGAUAAAUUUUCUGAAUUUGGGAAGGUCUGUAAUGUUUUGAUCAUGAAAGAUGCUGAUGGAAAAUCAAGGGGUUUUGGAUUUGUCAACUUUGAGUUACAUGAAGAAGCUAAGAAGGCUGUGGAGGCCUUGAAUGGUACACUACUAGGAUCAGAGAAGUUGUUUGUUGGAAAGGCUCAGAAGAAAGCCGAAAGGGAAGAGCUUCUGAAACGUGAAUCCAAGGAGAGAAUCAAUUGUCAUGCUGAAAAGCCAAAGGCUUCAAAUCUGUAUGUGAAGAAUCUUGAUGGAUCUAUCAAUGACAAAAUUUUAGCAGAACAUUUCAGAGGUUUUGGAAAGGUAACUUCUGCAAAAGUGAUGCGCUACGACAAUGGGAUUAGUAAGGGAUUUGGCUUUGUGAGCUUCUCCAAUCCUGAAGAUGCAAAGAAGGCUUUGCAUACAUUUCAUGGAACCAUUUUCCGAGGAAGGUCUCUGUAUGUGUCUAUUGCUCAAUGUAAAGAAGAACGCCGUAAAGAAUUGCUGAGUUACUAUGCACAGUACCCACUGGGGUCUUUAUAUUCUCCAAAUUUUGAUAUCCUUAACCCUCGGUUCCAUCCAACCUAUUACAGUUUCCCUCCUCAUUCUACUCCGACCCCUGUAUCCUCACACAUAACUUCAUACCAGCUAAUGAUGAUGAAUCAAAAUCUUAGAAGUGGAGGUACGCUGUAUCCUUUGACGUCACAGAGUUACCAGGGAAAUGUUUCCACAUACGUUCCUACAAGGCAAUCUCAGCAAGCGACCUACAUGGACUAUGUUUUCCAACAUCCAAUGAGAUAUCCCAACUCUGGUAUACUAUCUACCAGACAGCUGAAAUAUGAGACUUGCAUGGAUCAGAAAAUAUCCCGGAAGAGAAGUGGAGCUGCAGAAGCUUCAUCCAAAGGAUUUGUGUCUACAAAUGAUCUUACUCCGGCAUCAUCCCUUGGAAACUGCAAGGAAAACAUUGGGAAAUUUCUCCACCCUCCGGCUAAGAAUCUUCAGCCUGUGCUAUCGACAAAGAUAACAGGAAUAUUGAUGGAAUCGAAGAAUACACAGGACGCAAAUGCUCGGGCCAUUGCAGAUGGUCAAGUUGCUCAGGCAUCUCAGUCUGCCCUCUGCUUGAGCCACUGAUCUAACAUGUCGUCUACUACUUUCUCACACAACACACUUUUUUCCGCUGCUGAAUUUACAACACACUGUCGCUACAUGUUUUUCUGCUGUAUUGGAAGGUUUUGCUGUGCAAUCGAAUCAUACUAUAAGACUAACUGAUAGGGAUAAGGAUUGUUUUUUUGAAUUAUAGUACUCCACAGAGAGCAUUUUAGUUCUUAAUUCGAUGAUACUGCGUCCUUUCCCUUUCACCAUAUGUACUUAGGUUUGUUUGUUGAGAUUUACUAAUGAUGAUAGAUCUUGGAUUUUCAUGCGCC